AUACAGAGAGAGAGAGAGAGAGGAUGCCAAAACCGCGAACCAAAAAAAAUUCUCGCCCACUGCACUUGUCUCUCAUCUUACUGUAGCAGAAGGAAAGCAAAUCCCCUUCUUCUUCGUCCUCUAUUUUAAGUUGUUUCUUGGGUCCGAGAAUCUGUUGUAGCCCUCUCCCCUCCUCGUACUCAGGCGACCCGAUCAAGCAAGCUUUCCGAUCAUUCCAACGACAAACAACGGCGUGUCUUUCGCAUAUAUACGCCUAAUAAUUCAGCUUAAACCUAUUCUCGUCACCAUUUUCCCUCUUUUGCCCCUUGAUUCUUGAAAGCUCUCCCAUAGGUAAGCAAAGGGAACAUAAUGGAGUUGUACGGACAGAGCAACGCAAGAAAAGGAUUGCAGCAGAAUCGGAGUAGGGAAUGGGCUCCGGCGGCUCGAGAAGCAGGUCUGACAGAAUCGAUGGGCAGGUUGGGUUUGUGGGACGGAGAAGCGUAUCCGGAGAGGCCUGGAAUGCUGGAAUGCGCCUACUACAUGCGAACUGGGGUAUGUGGAUACGGUGCCAAGUGCCGCUAUAAUCAUCCUCGUGAUCGUGCUUCGGUUGGGGGAUCAGUUUCCUUGGGAGCUGCAGAUUAUCCAGAGCGAGUUGGAGAGCCAGACUGCCAGUAUUAUUUAAGAACAGGAACCUGUAAAUUUGGAGCUUCCUGCAAAUUCCACCAUCCUAGGAACGCUGGUGGAUCCUUGAUAAGCGUGUCACUUAAUAUUUAUGGAUACCCAUUAAGACUGGGUGAGAAAGAAUGCUCCUAUUAUUUGAAAACGGGGCAGUGCAAAUUUGGUAAUACUUGUAAAUUCCAUCAUCCUCAACCAGCUGGAAUAUCAAUGCCAGCAACUGCACAUCCGUUUUAUCCAACAGUGCAGUCUCCUUCAGCUCUUUCUGAGCAAUAUUGUUGUGCAUCAACCAACUAUAGAGUCUCAAGGCCUCCAAUAUUAACCGGUUCUUAUGUGCCUGGUGCUUAUGGUCCUUUUCUGCUUCAUACUGGAGUAGUUCCGGUUCCAAACUGGGGUCCUUACACGGGUCCUAUAACCCCUGGAUUUUCUCCUGGCACUCAAGCCUCAGUUGGAGCAACCUCGCUUUAUGGUGUAUCGCAGCUAAAUUCAUCUGCAACUGCAUUUGCUGGAACUUAUCCCACUUUACUUUCAGACUCUAAUCAGAAAAAACAGAAGUUUCCAGAAAGGCCUGGGCAACCUGAAUGCCAGUAUUACAUGAGAUACGGUGAUUGUAAAUUUGGACCAUCUUGUAGGUUUCAUCAUCCGCCAAACUUGGUCGUGGCAAAGGCAUAUUCUGCUCUGAGUCCUUUGGGGCUGCCACUACGCCCGGGAAUACAGUCUUGCCCCUUUUAUCUACAAAAAGGACGCUGCAAAUUUGGACGCAAUUGCAAAUUUGAUCAUCCAAUGGGUACAGUUGAAUAUAGUCCAUCCGCAUCAUCUCUUACAGAUGUACCAGUAACUCCCUACAUGCUUUGUUCAUCCACUGCGAUGGAGGGGCAGGCCGCCGAAUUUGUUGGGUCCAAAUUGGAUCUGCAGAUUACCAGAGAUCGGCCUCAUGGAAGCAGUUUGAGUGGUUCAGUUGGUCUUGCGUUUUCAAGGACCGCUCCUUUCUUGCUUUCGAGCAUUCAGAUAUCAGAUCAGGGUUCCGGACCGAAUGCUGAUUGAAGCACAAGGGUGGAAUGGAUGGUGAAGUUCGCGUGGUUCCUGCUGAACAGUCUGCUAUAUAAAUUUCUGCAAAAUGCUUCAUCAGCAUCAUUGAAUUCUCAGACUCUCCUGUUGAGUGAAGUUACUUUUUUCAUGUUUUCGUCCAUGUCACUUUUUUUUAAGUGCUUGGUCCCCGUGGCAUCUGCCUUUAAUAAAUAAAUAAAUAAAUAAAGCUGCGGUGGCCAAGCCCAACUCGGGAUUAAAUAAAUACUCCAAUCGUCUUUUGACUC